AUGACUAUACCCUUACAAACUACCAUUCAUCCCAUUGAUGAUCACUCGCAAUGGCCAGCAGAAUGCAUCUCGCUAUGUCACCAAUUUACGCCCCAAUUGCGUGGAGAGCUUCCGACCCAGCCACUGUCACCUUUAGUUCAAAACAUUCUCGAAGAAGUUAAGGAAUCUCCUCGUAUUUCUUUUACGGAUCAGGGCGACCUGCAACACGCGUUAUCGAUUACCGACUAUCUUGACAGCGUCUUGACGUCCGUCCGGAUGUUCAGGGAAUUGAAGGCGCUUGACAAGAACGAAGGGUUUGGUCCUCGAGCCACCAAACCAAUAUGGUCAUCCCUAAUUGCAUCUCUAUCGACUGCAUGGUCUAAAGAUGUGUCCGUUUUGUCAGACGUGCCGUUCUUGCUGCCACGGUCCUUGGAACUGUCUUUGCCACACAUUGAAUCCGGUUGUGUUGAAGGAUGUGCUUCUCUUCUGCUCUGUACAUCUAUUUCAACAGGGGAGAAUGAUUUGGAUGAUGACAUCAUUGAGCAGGAUGCGCAGGACGUGAAGGAAGAAGAAUGUUCCGAAGAUGAUGAUCAGCCGGAGCAGGACGACUUCGCCGACCAGUCACUUAUGAGUGAUGAAGACGAGGAUCAGACAAGGUCUUUUCAAUGGGCAGAAUUAAGUGUUAGAUCCCUUGAUGAAAAUGACCUCGAUGGCUCUUCAUCUGCAAUAUCUCUCCCAUCCUUGAAUCUCCCCUUCGAUGCCCACAUUCUUCCCGGGCAAGGCAGACGCACCAACGUCUUCUUACCUAUUAUCUGCAUUGCUGAAGAGCAAGACAUUUUUUCCUUAGUUACCAGCGCCGUCUACCAGCGACAUCUAUGGGGUAUCUCUCGACCAAUUAUUGGAAUAUCACUGUCAAAGUUCGGCACGACAGCUAAUGUGAUGUUAGGAUGGAUUUCACCCCACGAUACCGAUGUCGACCAGCAACUGCCCCAAGUCCACAUUGCUCUCGGAAACAGGCAAGGCGAUGAGUCAUUGGGUAUCUUCAAUCUCCUUGAACCAGUAUCUACCCUAUACUUCGCUCAAUUCAUCCUCAACAUGUCGUCCGAGCUCCAGAGCCUUUCUGAAUCCCUGCAAACUACGACGACUACCCAAUUAUGCUGGCGAUUGGACCACCUCUGCCUCAAAGAUCGAUCCAUUAUGCAUGAAAGCGAGGCAUCCGAUAAUUGGUUCACCCGCGUGGAACAAUGGGCUCUGGAUGUUGCGCUGUCGGAAUCUUCCGAGCAUCCACCUUUCUCUCCUGCCCCUCUGGACGGCGCGCAAGAAGAAAUGGCAGAAGAUCGCCGGCGAAGAAAACCAGUGGCGAAGGUGGCGAAGGAAGCUCCCGUCAUCAGUUCCAAGGAAGCGUUAUCGGUAAAAUCCACAACGCUGGCAUCACAAUCGAGUGGGAAAUUAUCCAACAUGCCAUCCAGUAAACCGGACAGUGCCUCAAAAUUUGCAGGGCAUCAUGUCGAAGCCGGUGUGGUUCAUAUGGAGUCUGGUUACGAACUUUGGGCAUGGAAUAGGAGAUGUGUCAGGAUAGGACGUCUUUUCGUGUCACCUGCUGCAGUUGGCAGCGCGGUGGAACAGAUCAACGACAUGGUCAACUUAUACAACAGCCUCACAAAUUUUGCUUGGCCUCAAGAUUGGACUGACGUGAAUCGAAUGCCAAAUGUGGACGCUGUUUAUCUCUCCCGUCGCCAGCAGCUUUACGACCAGUUUCAGAGCGCGAAGAAAGAACAAUUUAAUUCAUGUCUUGACAUAGUGUCCACCAAGCUCUUGGGAUCGCGCUUUUCGACCUUUUUCCACGCCGUCGAAACAGCUGCCAGCCUGCAGGAGAUGCGAAAAACUGGUCUCAAUAUUUACGAGAAGGAGACGCGCAAUACUUGGGAUACCUUGCUCUACUUGUUCUGUUGUUCCGAAGAUGUCGCUGUAUCUAAAAGUGUUCUCCUAGAAAGGACCGUGCGGUACCCCCGAAGUAAAUUCAUUCCCUCCCAAGUGACUGCAGACCAGUAUCUAUCCAUCUCUUAUUCUCAGGCAGACCACCAACGCUCCAUAGCAACGAGACAGUGGCUUCUGUGUGCGGAUAAUGAGGUAAAGGAGACAUCAAGUGAAAACGUCUUUACCGUUCUAUCGCAAUGCGACUCCAUUUACCACCACUUCAACAAGAUAAAUGCAACAUCUAUAAAGCCUGACCAGUUGGUGAAGGCAAUGGCAAAGGACCCAACCAAUGGAACGACGGAUGCCGUCCUCUGCGUCCAAAUUCCUGUCACCUCAUCCCAGAAACCGCCUGAGUCAGGAGCAGUCUCAAUACUGACGAAUCUCAUGGCGUCCUCGUCCCUUUUCUCCCUAAUGAAAGGAGCCAUUGCAAGCUCAUUCAGUUUGGGCAACACCUGCUCUGCAGAGGACAAGCACAAAAAAUGUUUCAUGUGCCCUGCUGUGACAGACUCUUUUGCUUCUCAUAUCAUUCUUCACUCCGUCCCCCAGAAACCAGAAACAGCACUCCUGGUCCCGGUUUUUUUUGCUGAGUACAAGAAAAUAAAAGAUGAAGUAGAGAAGGCAUUCAACCAAUGCAGGAUGUACUGCGUCUCCGGUGUCGAAUUUCUAUCUACCCUCGGCGUCGAUGAUUUCCCUGUCUUCGGUCUCGUCACGACAGGCAGCCAGGGGACAAUCCUAAUGGUUUGGAAGUCUACUAGGGUUGUAAAUCCCAAAGAUGAUUCAACGCGCCGUAUAAAGGCUGAUCAAGCCCAGGCUUCCUCAUAUACCUACAUUAUGGAUCAUAAUCUUGCUUCUUUCGACAUCUCGAUCCCAAUUCAGGCCAUGCAAUUCGUCAUAACCGUCCAUCGCAUCUAUCAGUACCAGCUAAGGCUUAAAGAUCUCCUGAAGAUGUCCGAUGUAUAUUCGAAAAUGGCGGAUGCAACGUUUAACGACUGGAUGAUGAAGCCACCGGUGCCAGAAGUAGAUGCCAAAGGUAAAGCCGCAACGUCCAAUGCCGUUGCCUGA